CACAAUAUGGGGUUUGACGAAAUCACUCGCGUCCGUAGGUUAUACCACCUAAUUAGGGUGCUUUUUCACCAAUAAUGUGCGAGAAUGUAUAGCGAGGAAUGUGAUUCUAAAUAACCAAUCAUAUCGCUUCUUUUAGUUUGAAGUUUGCAGCGAUACUAUUGGUUAUUUACAAACACAUUCCUCGCAUAUUAUUGGUGAAAAAGCACCCUUAGGCCUUCCCUACACGUGUCCCCCGGGUGGUGCUAAACGAGUGACAAGCCGGAGGGCUAUAAGCAUGAUUCACAAUACACCAUGCCGAAGCUGGGAAAUAAACAAUUUUCAUACAAAAGUAUACAAUAAUAUUUAAUCGAGCCAACAACAAUAUUGUAAAAAUUAAUGAUUUUUAACGGAUUUUAAAUGCGAUUUAUUCAUUAUAUUAUUUUCCCGACGUUUCGCAUUCUUUGCAGCGAGCGUGGUUAUGGGGACACUUAGUCUCCCCAUGACCACGCGUGCUUAAAUCGCGUUAAAUCAAGUAAAUAAUAUAUAAUACUUGUGUAAAAUCAAACACUAGAAAAUAACAAUAUUGUAUACUUUUUGUAUGAAGUGAUUUAUGCCUGACCGUGGCUCGGACGGUACAUGGCGUUGAAAUUUCCAUGGAUAUUGUUUCAUUUGUCUCCCAGCUCCGGCAUGGUGUAACGUGAAUCAUCCUUAAAACUCCUAGGUGAUGGUAUGUGCGCAGCAUCAUCUAGUACCUGGAUUGGGGCCAAAUAGUCCAAAAUGAAGCCCUACUUCUGCCUAAUUGGCCCCAACUCAGGAUACCGACUGACGGGUUUAAUCCUACAGGCGUACUGCAAACUUGAGAGGAAGGGAGAUAAAAUGGAAGCAAAGUUAAAAGAGAAUUUACCCCAGGAGGGUACCACGAAUAGUGGAGAAUCCCUCCCUGAGUCUAACUCAGGCUGCCCCUCGUAUUCUGGGGGGGGCGAAACCUUGCUUCACAACGCAAAUGUCGAGGUGGUUGGUUCCCAGGCCUCUUUGUUCAAAACUACUGGGCUGAUUAAUAUAAGUGCUAGGCCUGCUCGGAAACGCAAGAGUCGAAAAGCUAGAAUUGCUAUUGCGAAUCGUAUACAGGGUGCUUUGGGCAAAGUGACGCGACCGUCGGGGAAACCAACUGGAUUGUGUGGUCGAACUAUGGCUGAGAUGCUUAAAGCAAAUAAUGGCUGCCCUAAGAGACAAGAUAGUUCGGUGUGCGCAACUCCACCGGGCAACACAGAAGCCUCAGCUGAUCUGAACAGUAUGAGUUGCGUAUUAAAUCAAUCAAAACAACAGAAUUCAGUGCAAAGUGCGGUUGUGUCGAAGUCGCGACCAGCCGGUGAACUAACGACCACGAACAAAGGGACCUCAUAUGGCGUGGGACCGAUGGAACUGGUCGAAAGGAAUCCGGUAGUGGGUGUGACAGAGAUGCAACAGUGCUCCUGCCAUACAAAUUUGAUCUCUACGUCAUUGUCUGAUGAGGUGACCCUCGAUUCUAUGGAGAAAUCUGUAGAACCUGAGUCGUGUUGCCCGCAGUCAGUUGAUGAUAUGUCUGGUUGGAACAUCAUACCACAACAGAGUCGUAAAGCAAAUAAAACAGUCGGGAAACAGGAGUGCGACCUGCUAGGGAAUCAAGCCUCUGACUCGAAAGAUAGAAAAAGACAAAACAGAAAGAGAAAACGACAACUUUUAACCACGCAUCGUGGUACAUUGCACUCCGAAUCGGAGAUAAUUACUGAUAUGACAGAAAAAUCAUCAUUACAGACAGAUACAUGUGAACCUACAAGUUCUAAACGCUUACGUAUCGAUGAUACACUUUCAACUCAAGAUGCGAAUGAAAAGCCUUGCCCUAAUGAGUCAAAAACCGUUCAAAGCACGAACUACGCGGAGGCAGUUAAGGACGACCUUAUUGUGGCUAUAACUGCAGACGGAUCUAUGGUUCAUCUUACUCAGGAACAAUCUGACCACAUUCUAAAUUCGCUCCAACCAUUGUUACAACAAGAAGCAAUGAACUAUAGAGAAGGUGAUAAACGCGUCCUCUUCAGGGGCAAACCCACGUUUUCGGGAGGCGUCCUCAAAAUGUGGUGCGAUGAUACACAUACCCUAGAUUGGUUAAAAACAGCCGUAAAGAAGGUGGAACUGCCUUGUGGUGGCAAAAUUUGUGUGCGAAAAUUGGCAGACGUGGGAAAAACAGUGCGUUGUGGUAUUCUAUUGCCUGGAGUAUGGGAAGACAUAAAGGCUGUCGGCCUACAACUUCAUUAUCAUAAUGCCUGGGCUCAAGUAGACCGUUGGUUGCUACUCCGGGCUGAUGUUCAAGAGUCGGAUACGUUCCUUAUCGUAAACAUACCGCAGGAUUUGGUAGCGACGAUAAUGGAACACAAGAGAUGCCUAGGAUUCUUCUUUGGCUCAGUAUAUAUAAAGUUUCAAGGGCCGAAAGGCAAAUUUAUAGAAUUGCCGCCCAAGUGGGACAAACGAGAGGAAAAUGUACCCACGUCUGCCGAUAUAGACCCGAAUACAGUUACGGAGAGUGAUUAAGUAACUUAACCAACAAUAUAAAUAAAAAAUAUAAAAAAAAUACAAAAAUAACAUAUUUUAUACCAUUACAUAUGCAGGAUUUUGCAUAUCCAUACCCUGAAAAAACUUCAGUCGAAAACAGCGGCUCUUACAAGUUGCUAAACUUUAUAAAAGGACCUGGGCUGGUUUGGCUAUGCCUGAGUCUAUAGUUUUUGAUAAGACAAAUUUAAUUUAAGGAUAAUCAAUCAGACGAACUGAUGUUAAAUGCACCCGCCCCAUACUAUACGAAGUGUAAAGCAUGCGACAAGAAAUUCGCAUAUAAAUACAGUUUGCUAGAACACAUGGCGUCUACACACGUGCAAGCGACGGAACACGCGUGCGAGUGUGGAGCCACCUUUACAAGGCCCGGCGCGUUACGGCGACAUAGAGUUACUAAACAUGAAAAGAUAAAUAAAUGAUGUUUGAAUGAUC